AUGACGGACCAAAAGCGCUACACCAAUAAACUAGAGAAAUCACGCAUCCUAGUGAUCGGCGGAACGUCAGGCCUCGGCUACAGUGUAGCAGAAGCAUGCCUCGAAAACGGAGCGCUAGUGACUAUCAGUUCGUCAAAUAAGUCACGCGUGGACAGUGCUGUGUCCAAACUCAAGGAUGCCUACCCAUCAGCAGCCGACUCCAGCAAUCCCCGCAUCUGGGGUCUUACCGUUGACCUGGGAAAACCGGACACGCUGGAACAAGAACUGAAGACGCUUUUGGAUAAGACAGUAGGCAUCAUGCCAGAGGGUAAACUCGACCACGUUGUCUACACCGCAGGAGAUAAGCUAGCAGAGAUGAACUUGAGCGACAUGACAAUGUCGAAAAUCAUAGCCGCCGGCCAACUCCGUUUCUUCGCCCCUCUCCUCCUAGGAAAACACCUCCCCAACUACCUAGUCCAGUCCUACAAAUCCUCCUACAUCAUCACCACGGGCGCCGUGUCUGAGAAGCCGAUUCCCAACUGGAGUGUCGUCGGUUCGUAUGCUGGGGGUGGGCAUUCCAUGGUGCGCGGUCUAGCUCUCGAUAUGAAACCUAUCCGUGUUAAUGGUGUGAAUCCUGGAGCGGUCGAAACAGAACUUUGGGAUCAUUAUCCAGAGGAGCAAAAGAAGGCAAUUAUGAAAGCUAUGGAGGGGAAGAUGGCGACGGGGAGGGUUGGAAGACCGGAGGACGUAGCGGAGACGUACUUGGGGUUGCUGAGAGACUACAACGCCGAUGGAUUUAUGGUGAGGACGGAUGGCGGUGGAUUGUUGAUGUAA